AUGGUGCUCUCUUCGCAACUUUUUAUCUGCUUGCUAGCUGCCCGCAGCUUCCUCGGUGUCUUCAGCACGCCAACGGUAGCUUCCUCUGGCUCAGUGGACGUGACGCUCAAGACUGGGGUAUUCAGAGACUCGUGGCUUGGCAUACCUUAUGCACAAUCUCCGGAGGGCUCCCUUCGGUUUAAAGCACCUGUGCCAAUCACGAACGCCUCUACUGGAGUCCAGUACGCGUAUUCAUUCGGCGACGCCUGCCCACAGCCAGCAACGUCCAGCAUAGGCGCAAACAUUAGCGAAAACUGUUUAAACCUUAAUGUGUGGAGACCGAAUGGUACCUCCUUGGACGCGAAGCUACCGGUUUUAGUAUGGCACUAUGGCGGUGCAUACAUGAUAGGAGCCGCUUCUGAUCCCAGUUACAACCCCACACGCAUCAUUAGUCAAAGUGUCUCCAUGGGCAAACCUCUAAUUUUCGUAUCCGUGAACUAUCGGGUUAACACCUUUGGCUUUUUGGCAAGCAGUGAUAUCCCUCCAGAAGACCUCAAUGCGGGCUUUUGGGAUAUACAUGCCGCCUUGGAGUUUGUCCAGGAAAAUAUAGCUAGCUUUGGUGGUGAUCCUUCCAAGGUGACAAUAUGGGGCCAGUCCGCGGGUGCUGGCGCAGUGGAAGCACAACUAUUGUUUACCCCAACUCCUGCUCCCUUCCGUGCUGUAAUUGCAGACUCUUCUACUGGUCCUAUGAAAAAUGCGCCGUAUGCCUAUCAAUACGACAAGCCGGGAGAACCAUACUACCGCCUUCUCGAAGCUACGAACUGCACAGCUGGGCCUACCUCGGUGGCUUGUCUGCAGAAACUCCCCUACGAAGUACUUGCCAAUAUCAGCAAUGCGAUGAUUGACAACACGCUCAACCAACAGUUAUGGCAACCAAGCAUUGGACCCGCAGGCAGCUUCAUGCCUGAACGUCCUUCGGAACGCAUCUUGAGUGGAAACUUCCCAAAUUUACCCUACCUUGGAGGGACUAAUCUGAACGAAGGCACGCUUUUCAGCCAGUCGGUCUUCAACCUCAGCCUACCCAGUUCGGAACAAACUGCCGCGUUCGAUAGUUUCAUUGAACAUCUAGUCAUUGACAAUUCAACUCUCACUACCUCAGUCAUGCAAGGAAUUGAUCAGUACUUCCCGGUGAACGACACUUCGUAUGGAGGACUCUACCACACCGGGGACAUGCUAUUUGAUAGAUCUGAAGCCUGGUACACGGACAGUAUGUUCCUCGCUCCGCGGCGCUAUCUAUUCGAGCACACUGCAAGUCGGCUGCCUAUGUAUUCAUACUACUUUACGGAGUACAUUCCAGGAAACCCCAUUGACCUUGGAGUGUACCAUGCUUCGGAGCUGUCGUUACUAUUUGGGCCUGUCCCCAACCCAGUCGAGAACACCUUCGCCAAUCAGAUGCUAAGCUACUGGAUUAGCUUCGUCAAUGAUCUCUCGCCAGCCGAUGAUUGGCCGAAGUAUGAUCCAUCCGCGCCCCAGGUCAUGCAACUCAUGCGUGAUAAUGUUACACUUAUUCCAGACGAUUUUAGCCUGAAUAGAACUGAAUAUCUGAGCACACCUGCGCUCCUGAAUGCUUUUGAGAAAUAA